CGCCCUGUCCUGUACGAAGGCCUGGAGAGGGUACAGGAGAUUUUACAUUCGCGUGCGAUGAGUCCUUUGCCAAAGCAAGCAACUUCUUACGAAGCCAUGGUGCCGGUGCGCACGACGUCGCAGCUCCAUUAGGUCAGGGCGCGGAGGGAGUCUGUGAGCGAGACACUGCUGUGCCGUGUGAGUCGAGAGAAGCGAGGGACGAAGUGAGGGAGGGAGGAAUCGGAAGCGCGUGGUGGUUUCUUCCUCGAUUUUGAUCGAACAAUUUUUGCUGUCGCGGAUUUUCAUCGCCGGAAAGGAUGCAGAGCAUUUCGGAGCUCGAGGAGAAUUUGACCACCUAUGAGGAGCAGCUGCAGCAGGUGAAGGAGCUACAUGAAGCUGAGCCAGACAAUGCUGAAUAUGGGGACAUGCUCAAGGAACUGGAAGAGGUGAUUGAGCUGACCCGGGAUCUACUUGCUACGGCGAGACAAUCUGAGCCGGAACCACCAUCUUCUACAGUACAGAUUCCCAAUCACUCAAUACUGGUGAACGAUAGGGAUGGUUACGAAACACACGACGUACCUGGAAGACUUCCAAUAGGCACCAGAGUUCAAGCUGUUUGGAGCGAAGAUGGUGAAUGGUACAAUGCCACCGUUGAGGCGAUCACACCAAAUGGCUACUUCGUUGCUUAUGAUGAAUGGGGCAACAAAGAGGAGGUUGAUUUAGGGAAUGUCAGAGUGAUCGGAUCUCAGGAGGACGAAAACGUAGCUAGUGAAGAUGAUGCAUUUUUAGAUGCUGAGAAAGAAGCUGAAGCUACCAAGCAGGCGCUGAAGCGGAAAAUAGCCCAAGCGGCUGAUAUCGACGUUAUGCCCAGGGAUCUACCUGCCAAAUUAAAAAUACGUCCGGAGGAUCCUGAGGACCUGAAACUGGCGAAAAGAAAGAAAAUUCAUGCUUUCAAGUCAAAGCAGAGACUUGAACAAAUGGAGCUUACUCAAAACAAGCGACAAAAUGCUUGGCAACAAUUCCAAACCGCCAAAGGAAAGUCGAAAAAGCAAGUCGGCUUUUUCACGGGCCGCAAGAAAGAGAGUAUCUUCAAAUCUCCAGAUGAUCCGAAAGGUAAGGUCGGGGUAACAGGAAGUGGCAAAGGAAUUACAGAGUUUCACAAACGAGAAAAGCAUCUCCACAUGAGAGUAGGAGCAGAAGAUGGAGAAGACUGGCAAUAAGCGCUAAUGACAUAACUACGGUGUAGACUGUAAUUGUAUAAAUUCUUGAAUAGAACGUUCCAUUUCUUCAUGUUGCAUCUGUAAAUGUCUUUGUACGCUCAGCUGCGAGUUUGUCAUCGUCUUUAGCUAAACCAGAUAACACCUAAAAUCGACGGUGAUAUUGUCGAUUGUUGUGCAAAAGCCAAAUUCUUGUACACGGAAGUUAUAACUGUGCGGUACUCGGAGAACAUUCAUUUAGUUAGAUUGCGUCCAGUGGCUGUUGGAUACGAUAACAACCUUUACACUUCUUUCCUGGGAUUCUUGUCCGGUUAUGGAUACUUUAGAUGUAGAUUGAUAUUAUACUUCGUCCGGAUGGCGACCUUUGAGCAUAAAUUGGUAUCGAAGAAAGUAGAGUAGAUCAAGGUUUUCCAGCUGUGGGGAAAUCCGUCGAUCAAGAGAAUAUAUCCUCUUUCGCAGCUGUAGGCUUUUGAAUGCCUCAGGCAGACCUUCAAGCUAAACUUUCUGAGCAACAUGAAUUAUGGAGUAGAUUGAAGGCAGCAGAGAAGAAAUUCCUUGCGGGCUAGAGGGAAACGGACUCGACAGCAAAGGUAGCCCAGAGCUUCAGCUGAACAAUAGCGAAGGUAGAGUCAUGGAUAUCACUGGUGGUCCUCAUCGUAUUUGGUGACUACUUAGAUUUAGAUGUUGCGCACGAAAGUUUAAGUGGGGCCAGAGUGAGUACAACUGUUUGCGUCUCAAGCUGUGCAAGUCGAGAACUGCAUCUUAACACCAUUUUUAUUGUAUAAACCUAAACACAAGUACACAGGUUGACACCUGGCAUGUACGGCAAUCCCUGUUUAACAAAUCCAGUCGUCUCUUCUCGAAGACGUUCCGAAACGGUCAAUAGUCUGAAAUGUCCGAUGGUAGUACAAAUGUCCUGUACGACUAGAUAUUGUCUCCGCACCUUACAUGCCACAUAACUCCGUGCCUUUUACACCGUAGAGUUUCGCAAAGGUGCCCAUUUUCUGCCGUUAAGAAAAUGCCAGUGUGUUCUUCAGCGUAGACAUGUUGGUCAAAUGGAACCAUCAGUCCGAAUUUCGCACUUGUGUACUACUUUUGACCUGCAGUUGGCGUCUGAAGGAGAGAGACAAACUUCCUACUUGUUUUAAAAUCUUAGUAUCUUUCAAAAUCUCUUGAAAAUGGUCUCAAACACCAGAAACCUGCGAAAGUAAGCUUUUUGUUUGGUAAUAAGAUAUACGUUUUCCUGCUGCCUUUCAGGUAUCUGUAUCACCGUAUCUUCAAUUCACAUGUGAAAACGCUAGAAAUAACCAUGUUGACGCUUAACGCUGUCGUGUUUCAACCCGAAAUACAACCCGUUGCCAGCUUCUGACCGCGAAAGUAAAAGGAGGAAAUCUUCAAGUAACAAGACCUGGAUUCGAACGUGUCUGAAAGGACGUCCUUGAAAGUUGUAUGAAGUCUACACUGCUGUCUCUGGACGUCCCCUCCAGAGACAGAAGUUCUCAUCUUCCACCUCGUACUUCCUGAACAAAGUCCUCCCAUAACGUAGACUGGCUCGUUCAUAAAGCAUGGCAGGCUGGGAAAACAAAUGCCAGGGAGGAGGGUUGUACAUUUCAGCUACCGUCCAGUACAUGCAGAAAAACCCGAAGCUGUCCGGGAGCAAGAGCGUUAUUAUACUCAGUACCACGUGCUCCUCAUCCUCUUACUCGGGAUGAAAUCGCAGGUGGUGAAAAUCAGACCAUUUCCACAUCUGUACAGCACCGCACACAUCCUCGAUCUGUUCCCAAGCAGCCGCCCACCCCCACUGCAGACCAUUUUCAUAACUACGACCCCCGAUCUCCGGGUGUCACGUUAUUCUCCUCGUCUUAAAGCAACCUUACUUCGUAGACAUUCCGACGUCGCUUUUGACCACCCCGCUGUAGAAUUCUGUCACUCUUCCUGCCAAUUCCACACAUCCUUGCCGCCACUCCAGAACCUCGGAGAAACAUUUCCAUUCACCAGAACCUGAGAAACUUCUUGCGAGACUCGAAGCGACGCUACCACCCUCGCGCGCAGUCAAAAGCAGUCAAUCGCCCUCCCUCGCCUUGACUCGUCUCGUCGCCCACUUGGGGCAGUUGAGUGACACGCAAGUUUGCACUGUGGAACUCGACUCGAGUACGUCGUCAACGUCCAGCCCGCCCUCAGAAAGUAGAGUCCAUAUCCACACACAAAGUUACAAACAAACAGCUCCGACUCAUCGACUCGCAGCGGAUUGGCUCUCGAUGAACCUUCCAAUCCUUUUACUACAUCACUCCUCACUCGUUAUCCACUAGCACCCUCCCGCUUCCACUCCUGUGGAAAUAAAUGAAACCUUUCCUUUAAAGAAUGUGUCUUCCGUCAGAAUGGAGUGACAUUAAAGCACUGCACUGCAGUUGGGAACUUGCCACCGGUGGUUGCAGAGGACAAGCGUUCAAACAAAAGCUCGAUUCUGGGUCGCGAUCGGGGGGUACCAAGAAGCGAUACGGGCGAGAAAUAAAGAGAAUGCCCCGAUCCCCGAUCCCCGAUCCGCCGUACAGGAUGAAACCG